AGACAGGAAGUUGUUUGUUGGGAUGCUGAAUAAACAGCAGACCGAGGAGGAUGUCUAUCGUCUCUUUGAGCCCUACGGAGUCAUCGAAGAGUGCACAGUCCUAAGAGGUCCUGACGGAAACAGCAAAGGUUGCGCCUUCGUCAAGUUCUCUACACACACUGAGGCUCAGUCUGCAAUUGGGGCCCUGCAUGGCAGCCAGACCAUGCCAGGUGCUUCCUCCAGCUUGGUGGUCAAGUUUGCGGACACAGACAAGGAGCGCACCAUCAGACGUAUGCAGCAGAUGGUAGGGCAGUUUGGCAUCUUUAAUCCAGCCAUCGCCCUUCCUUUCAGCACCUACAGCUCCUACGCACAUGCGCUCAUGCAGCAGCAGGCAGCCAUCAUGGCAGCAACCCACGGCGGUUAUCUUACGCCUAGCGUGGCCUUCCCUGCCACACAGAUCCACCAGAUGGGGGCGCUCAACAUCAACAGCCUCCCACCAACUCCCAUGACCCCGGUGUCGGGUGAGUUUCAUCAAACCCUUGCAGGCCUUAGCUCUCCGCCAGCCAACAUCACCACGUCCGCCGUGCCCAGCAUCGUCACACCCAUCGUCAACGGAUUCACCGGCAUCCCUCAUCAGCCAAACGGGCACCCUGCAGUGGAGACGGUGUACACCAAUGGCCUGCCGCCCUACUCUACCCAGAGCCCCACCGCCGCCGACACACUGCAGCAAGCCUUCACCGGUGUACAGCAAUACACAGCAAUCUACCCAGCCACCACGCUGACUCCCAUCGGCCAAACACUGCCCCAGCCGCCGCAGGUCAUCCAGCAGCAGCAGCAGAGAGAAGGUGAGGGUCCAGAGGGAUGUAAUCUCUUCAUCUACCACCUGCCCCAGGAGUUUGGAGACAAUGAGCUCAUGCAGAUGUUUCUGCCCUUUGGUACAGUCAUCUCAUCUAAGGUCUUCAUGGACCGGGCAACUAACCAGAGCAAGUGCUUCGGUUUUGUCAGCUUUGACAACCCCGCUAGUGCACAGGCAGCUAUUCAGGCCAUGAACGGCUUUCAAAUCGGGAUGAAGAGGUUGAAAGUCCAGCUAAAGAGACCGAAGGAUGCCAGCCGCCCUUACUGACACAGCCUACCUUCAGUAUUUACUGCAGCAGCACAGAGUUUAGAGGACACACUUGAAGAUAUCUUGGAGGAGGUCAGCUUUUUUUCUUUGAGAGCAAACAUAGGUUUUAAAAAAAUCAACACGUGAGGAGAUUUUGGGAGACAUAUCAACACUCUUAUCAACACAUGAGGAUACAGAUUAGAGCAGAAAGAGGAGUUCUGGAAAAAUGAAAGGAAAAGAAUGGCGCUUUCUACGGGGGACAUAACAGCUACAGAUGGCACCGAAGAAGGAAAACCUGGAAAAGAGACACGAUGGGACUGAACAACAGAACUUUUUUCUUGUUAAGACUUGAAUUGUUAAGUAAGCAACAAACAAAAAAGCAGCAACAACAAAUAGAUUUCUAUAUACAUAUUAUAUACACACAUAUAUAUAUAUAUAAAUAUAUAUAUAUAAGGAACAAAGUGGCGCUUGUGGCUUUUACUGGACAAAUGAGGGUUAAAACUUGAAGAUAAAAAAAAACAGUGGAGUGAAGAAGCUAUUCUAUACGUCCACUGACAGACUUUCUUUCUCCUUCCCUCUUUCUCUUAUUCUCUCACCAUCUCUCAGCAAGCGCAGAACUUUGACUUUUGGAGGUCAAUGAUGUUUCCAAUAGCAAAAGUAGAACUGCAACUCUUUCACCCCUAAGGGACCAAAGGACCAAACAUUUUUAUUGUUCUGAACAGCGAUAUAUAUAGUAUUAAUGAUACUAAUACUACAAACUGCUACUAAUAAUA